CCAACCAAAGCCCUUCAUUUUUCAUUCAAUAUGGAGGAAAGGCUAAUAAACGCGGUUGCUAACCACCCGGAGCUUUACGACGCCAGCUCUUUUCUGUACCAAGACAGGAAUAAAAAGGACCUAGCUUGGAGGAAGAUAUGUGAAGAGAUCAGGCAACCUGAGGACAUCUGCAGGAGAAAGUGGAAGAGCCUCAGGGACACAUACAUCAAGGAGAAGAGGAUGGAGAAGGAGAAGAGGAGUGGGUCUGCAGCAGGAUCGGGGAGGAGAUGGAAGUUCUUCGCGGUCAUGGGGUUUCUGGACCCCUUCCUCACCCCACAGACUAGCGGCAAUAUGGUGGGGACCGUGAAGAACAUCCCCCCCCCCCCGAGGACCAGGGACAGCCCAAAGAGGCAGCAGAGUCCCAGUCAGAAGAGCCAACUGAUUCUGCAGCAGAGCCAUCCCCUGUUGCUUCUCUUGGCUCCCCAGUCCCUGGCCCCUCCGCUCCUGCUGCUGCACCCACAGGCCCACAGAGGAGGACAGCUCCGAGGCGGACGAGGGACGGGUCCCAGGACAGUCCAUCGGCGGUGAAGCUGGCCAUCCUGGAGUCCCUGAAGAGGCCACGCCAGUCUCCAACGGAGCAUUUCCUCCUCAGCCUUGUUCCUGCUCUGCAGAGCAUGCCGCCUCAGAUGAGAGAAUUUGUCAAAUUUCAAAUUUAUAAAUUAGUUUUUGAAAACAGCACAGCUGUGUUAAAUUUGGAAA